AUGGCACACAAGAUGCUUCUUUUGAUGCCCCUGGCUCCUUUGCUGGCGCUGGCGAAGCGCCCCAACAUACUCUUCCUGAUGACCGACAGCAUGGACGGGCGCCUGGUGGAUUUCUCCUCUGUGGAGGCCCAGGCGGUGGAGCUUCCGUUUCUGCGGCGCCUCGCGGAGGAGGGCACCAGCUUCGUGCGGAGCUACGCGAACAGCCCCCAGUGCGUGCCCUCCAGGACCUCCAUGUGCUCCGGGAGGCGCACGGACCAAAUCCGGGCUUGGUCCAACCAGAAGGGUCUGGCGGCCUCCCCGAGCGGUGAGCUGGACGCAAGCUGCGUGAAGUACUACGGGCCAGAGCAAUGCUCGGCCUGGGCCAAGACGCAGAACUACUCCGAGACCAUCUUCUCUGGCGUGGCCAGGUUAGGCUACGGGGUGAGGCUCUAUGGCAAGGUGGACAUUGGCGCAGCGCUGAUGAAUGACGAAGCGGCCGCCGCCAACAUCUCGGCCACUGGCUUUCACGGGCCCGGCCCCGUGAUCGACAUCACCACGCGCGCCGCCGACAUCCGACGGCCAACCAAGAGGGAGCCUUUGUCUAUGACCUCGGACACAAAUAACAAGGUCCACCCGGAGGACUGGAAAACAGUGGAGCGUUGCCGGGAAUGGAUCAAACAGUUGCCGCCUGCUGGGCAGAAUGACGCGCCUUUCUUCCUGCACUGCUCUCUGAACAUCCCCCAUCCAGCAUUCCAGACGAACGCAACCUGGCUGGCCAAGGUCAACGAAGACAAGAUAGUGGUUCCUCAGUGGCCGGCAGGCUUUCCUGAAAGCUGGCACCCGUACGAUAGCUACAUGUCGGUGUCCAAGCAUGUGCAGGAGACAAGCUACACAGACCAAGAUAUCCUGAAGGUCCGCAAGACGUACUACGCAAUGUGUGCCGAGGCGGACUACCUGCUGAAUCAGGUCUGGGAGUCGUUGAAGGACAAGGGCUACAACCUGAGUAACACUUACCUGAUGUAUGUGUCGGACCACGGCGAGAUGAACAUGGAGCACCGCCAGGACUGGAAGAACUCCAUGUACGAGGCCUCCUCUCGCGUUCCUUUUGCCAUCGCAGGGCCUGGCGUCGCAAAAGGGCGGCGGGUAAGGCAGCUGACGUCCCUGGUGGAUGUUUUCCCCACGUUGCUGGACAUGGCCGGGGAGGUCGACUGGUCCAGGCACUCAGAGCUGGCCGGGAAGAGCGUGCUGCCGCUCGCCAACGCGCCCUCCCUGGCGCCCCCGUCGAUGGCGGUGACGGCCGGGGAAGACCGGGCGGUGGUCUCGCAGUACCACUCGAACAUGGGCAACACGGGUUCUUUCAUGGUGCGCAAGGGCCAGUGGAAGUACAUCAGCUUUGGCCACACCUUGUCGGCGUUUUCCCCCGACACCUAUACGCCGCAGCUCUUUGAUGUGGAUGAGGACCCGGGGGAGCUGAGGAACCUGGCCAGCCAGCAGCAGCAGGUGGUGGAAGAGUUGCACCAGGAGCUGAAGAAGCUCUUCGACCCGGAGGAGGUGGAUCGUCAGGCGAAGCAUGAAGAUUAUCAGGUUUGGCAGCGCUUCUUCGUUCCGCUGGGGAAGAAGAAGAUCAUGCGCAAGCUGAAACGCACGUACAAAGGCUUUGACCAGGAGGAUUACAAGAAGCUUCGGCAGUGGCUUCGGGAGGCCUCACAGAUCUUUGACCCGGCGGUGGUGGUGGUCUGA